GUCUGAAACGGCGCGCCCAGUGACGGAUGGUGGAGCAAUUUUGUUGUUCGGGUGGAAACCGGGAGAAAUUCGGGAGAAAGUUUCCUGCCUUCUUUCUUGUCCAGAGUCUUCUCCAUUCUUGGUCCAUCAGAAGAACUGUUUCCCGGGGGAGGGGGGACAUAGAAGGACAUCUCCGAGAUACCUGCAACAUUCAGUCGAGAAACAUGUCACCUGCAGCUGAACCCAGGUCACACUUCCUGCCUGCUGGCUUUGACCAUGAAGCUGCUGCGGUGGUGACCAUCCUGUUAGGGCUGUUCCAGGUGCUGUUAUCUGUCCCACUAGCUUACGCCGAGCAGACGCUGCCAAAAUUCUUCCUCCUACCACUUUUCUUAGGAAUUCUAACUAUGACCGGAGGAUCAUUCACCUUUGCUAAUGAGAGGAACGCCAGCCGACAACUGCUUCGAGGUUGUGCGUGCAGUCACCUAGUUAGCCUGCUGGGGACGCUGCUGGCCUUCUGCCUCUACUGCUACACUCUCAACGCUGUCUCCAACGUAGACCACUGUGCAUCCAGUGUGACCGUCAGUGAGGCCACCUACCGCUACCGUCGCAUGAUGACUUCUGGCUGUCCAGAGGAAUGGCUGGCGGCCUUCUGCUGGAGUGUGACACUGCUGCUGCUGCUCUAUGACACCGGGGCCGCGGUCAUGCACUCGCUCCUGACUGUCUCCGCCCUCAAAGCCCUCAAAACAGACUGAUAGACAAGCAAAUUGUCCUGACAAAAGUGUUAAUCCAGCAGAUAUUGGUUUUAAUGGAUGGCCCAAAAUUUAAAAAAAAUGCUUUAGUUCCCAAAAUAAAUGGAAAGUCUUUCUGAUUACUGACAGGCGUCCAAAUGAAUCAUCAAACGCAGGCCUGCUCAUGAGCUCCAGCAACAACAACCCAAACAAACAAAGAAAAGUGAAUUUGGAAUUUUAACAGAAGCCACCUGUUUAAUGAGGUGACCCAUUUUCUACCAAACACUGAUACACACAGCCAGCAGACGGGUUGGACAGUAUCAGCGAGUUGCAGAUGUACCAAUGUCAGUGUGUAUGCUCUGGGAUUUCAUCAACAACAUGUGUGUUGACGGUCGUUAAUUGGAAGAGAAUUCAAAACACGCCUCAGCUGAGGAUAAAACCGCUGUGGUCUGAUGUUGAACUGGAACAUAAUUCCUGUAAUAAUGGAGCUUAUGUGUUAAUGAACAGGCUGCACGUAUUGAAUUCUUCUGUAUUACAUUCAUAAAGAAGCUAAAAUAAAAACGAAUGAAUGCUGUUCGUUAAGUGUUAAACAUUAAAUAUUCUGCUGACCGACAAUUAAAUCCAUUGUUAUGUGGACAAUUACAAAAAUGAAAUAAAAAGUAGUGUAUCUUAGCUUUACUAAUCUCUCUCCCACACUCAAAUGAUUAAUAUAGAAAUAUAUAUAUAUGUAUAUGUAUGCUUGUAUAUUGUAUGUAUGCAUAUAUAUUUCUAUAUUAAUUAAUUAUUACUAUUAAUAAUGUAUUCUUCAUUUAUUUUCAUUUGCUGGCCCUUUUUAAAUAUAUAAAAAAUGUAAACUAGAUCUAAAGCCAUGAAUUAAUCAACAAUGCAGAAAAAAACUACUUGUGCGCAGACCACAUUGAGCUCGUAUGUAUUAAUAGCUGCACUUCCACUGGAUUAAACUGCAGGCUUUAUGUUGGAAACAUUCAAAUAAGGUUCAGAGUGAGUGGACAUAAGGUCUGUGACCUCUUCAAUGGGGACACGGUUUCCUGGGUUCAGGAUCAGCACAGUGUCCCAGCAAGCCGAUUUGUUUAGGUCUAAUCAUGAAUGACAAUGCUAUCUUUCCCAAGGUGUGGAGGUGACCCUUGUAGUCAACUAGUUCUUUUCCAUCUCCUUCAAUAAUGGAUGACAAUGACCAUUGGAAGCUGAUUCACCAACAAACAGUAGCCCUGAAUCCUAACUUGUAUGUGUUUCAACUCUGCUCCAUGCUUGCAAGCAUUUAAUAAAUGUCCUGUUGAAUGAUGUCACACCGGUGUGGAGUAAAAUCUUUCUAACACUCUGCUUGUUGAUGACCGGUGGCCACGGGAAAUCGUGGUAUCUGAGCUCCAUUGAUUAUGGUCUUUGUCAUCUACAUGGGCUAAAAUCAAACGAGUACAGCGUGGAGUUCAGUUCACCUGGCUCCACAUAUCACAUGUACUCUAUCCCAAACAGUACAAACUGUAAAUAAACAACCCAUGUCCAUGUU